AUGUUUUGGCGAGCGUCAACCAUAAUUAUUAAGCCUCCAACCAUUUUUGCCGUCCUCGACGUUACUCUCUGCCAACAAUUCGUGGAAUCAUUGAUUGGUAAAGGUCAAUGUACUUGUGCCGCAAUGUCAAGAUACUUUGGGGAAAUGAUGAGUGUGCGAGAUGAAACUAAGAUUUUGACGACGAAUCUUCGAGCAUGA